GUUUAACCCUUCAGGUUUUGGCUUUGAUCUCCCUCUGCACAUCUAAAACCCUUUCUCCCCUUUCUAACUCUCCCCUUCUCUUUGCUGCAAAACCUCACUCAUAUUUCUUGCGAAUUGAAUGAGAUUUGGGGAUACGCUCCCAUGUUUCGAUUAAGGAUUAAAAUGUCAUUAGUUCGGCCUCUCUUUACAAGGCGAGGAUUCAGCACAAGCUCUGAGAACCUUGUUGCCUCUGUGCUCUUUGAGAGAUUGCCAGUGGUCAUUCCCAAAGUUGACCCUGUGGUUUAUGCAUUUCAAGAAUUCUCGUUUCGAUGGCGACAACAAUAUCAACGCAGAUAUCCUGAUGAAUUUCUUGACAAAUCUGAUGCAAGGGGGAAAGGUGAGUAUCAUAUUGACUAUGUGCCAGCACCACGAAUCACUGAGGCUGACAAAAACAAUGAUCGAAGGUCCCUACAAAGAGCCCUUGACAGAAGACUCUACCUUGUUCUCUAUGGUAAUGCAUAUGGGGCUCCAAGUGGGCAGCCUGUGUGGCAUUUUCCAGAGAAAGUUUAUGAAUCAGAGGACACCAUGCGCAAGUGCGCUGAGUCUGCUCUAAAAUCAGUCAUAGGAGAUCUUUCUAAUACAUAUUUUGUUGGAAAUGCUCCAAUGGGCCAUAUGGUUGUUCAACCUACAGAAGAACAGUCUGAAUCCACAUCUUUUAAGAGAUUCUUCUUCAAGUCACAAGUAAUUGCUAAAAACAAGUUUGACAUUGGAAAAUGUAAGGAUUUUGUGUGGGUGACCAAGGAUGAAUUGGUGGAGUAUUUUCCCGAGCAAGCUGAGUUUUUUAGCAAGAUGAUCAUAAGUUGAUGACACUGUAGGGCAGUUGUUUAUUUGAAAUUUUCGCUAGUUUAUAAAAUGACUGUCGAAGAGCAUGUAAGAUACUGGGCACAGAGAAGAUUUUAAUUUAAGGUUAAACAUGACAUGUCUAAUUUUGGAGACUUGUCAAAGUUAAUGGAUGCUGGAAGGCUUUUGUUUAAAAUUAUUUCUCCCCUAUUCUUGGAUCUGAAUAAGUUGCCACGGUGAUUGUGACAUUGGGAAUAUGUUACCCAAUUUUGUUGAUAUAGCUUUUUGUUUGAAUGUCUAUCUUAUCUGUUC